GGCGCGAGGCUCGUGCUUCCCGCAGGGCCGCGAUGGCGGCGCCGGGUCACGCCUCCCUCCUCGGCAGCGCCACGACGUGGCCCUUGAAGCGCUACGGCCGCUUCCAGCCCCCGAUGGAGGAUCGAGAUGAAGGACACAACGUUUCCUCUUGGAAGGUUUUUGAAUCAAAUGAAGAAUCGGGCCACCUUAUCCUUACCAUCGUUGUGUCUGGCCAUUUCUUUAUUUCCCAGGGGAGAACAGUACUGGAAGGCUUUUCACUAAUUGAUUCCCACAAGUGGCUGAAGGUGGUAAGAAGAGCAGACUGUCUGCUGCUGCGCACACAGGCAAAGAAUGAAUGCCGCAUGUUUCGUGUUCAAUUUGGUGGGGAUUCCAAAGAACAGAUGCUGGAACACUGCUGCAGUUGCGUUCAGAAACUCACAGAGUACGUGCCGGUUCAAGUCCCUGAUGAACAAAGCCAGCAGGUCAGUCAGCUGGGUGACAGCAAGAAUCCAGCAAGGGACCCUGAACAAAGCGCAUCAGGACUGCAUACGCCAGAUGAGCCUCUACCAGAUUACUGCACAAGCCUUGGAGAAAGAAGAUCUGUGACACAGCUAGCGCAGUUGGUGCUGAAAAAGAACAGUGAGCUCCCCCUCACAUACCAGCAUGCAGUGUGGAACGCCCAGGAGCUAAGGCCCUUCAUCCGCCUGUGCCUCAUGGAUCAGAGUUUCCCAGCUUUUGUGGAAGAUGUGGAGAAGGAGCUGAAAAAGCUUGCAGAAGGCUGAGGAACACCGGCAUGCUACCUGCCCCUGCGUACACGCUGCAGGGGAGCCAGCACGUGCGAGACACAAGCUUCCACGUGAUUAAAUAUCUGAGAAUCUCACACAAUUUUGGUCAGUGUUUUAUUUUUAAAAACAGGUGAAUCCACUUUUUAUACAUCAUUGCACUUCAACAAAUACACAGAACACAAGUUCAUGCAUCUACAGUUACGCACAUCAUGAGAACCCUGUUAGGUCUAGUUCUACAAUCUUGAAAUCAUGAGAAAUUACAGUGUCAAACUAAAGAGUAUAACUAGUUGCAUAGAAUAUCACCAUGCUGUAACAUUUCAUCAUUUAAACAAAACAAAAAAAAAAAAAGAAAAUUAUAAAAGUUUGCCUGAAUUGAAUGUACAAGAAUAUGUUGAACACAUCAGUGCAAAAGGAUUUGAGAAUUUACAUGAUUUAACAAAAAAAAAAAUCACUUAAAAAGCAAUCAUAUAUAUAUAUUUAUAAACUGAAGGUUUGUUUUUGUUUUCAACUGCAUUCCACCACCUGUCGAACCAUUCCAGCUUGUGAAGACUGAUUGCAGGACACCCCAGUCUCUCUCUCUAUAGGUUAAGCCCUUAAGAUAAUUUCAAUUUAUAUUAUUUCUCUAAGUACCAGAACAGUAUAAUUCUCUCAUCUUUCAGACAUACAGUAAGGAAUGAAUAUCAGCAGCUUAAAAAUGAAACACAAUGACUGUAUUUUGGUUUUCCCCCUCCCCC